AUGCCUGAUUCAAGUCAAAAAAGUAUUCAGAUGCAGCGUAAAAAUAUUCGAGCAAUUUUGCUUAUCAUCAGUACAUUUACAUAUUUACUUAUUGGAGCUGCUGUAUUUGAGAAGCUGGAAUAUAGAUCAGAUCUUGAAAGACGCCAUGGCAUUGAUAUGAUUGCUCAGAAACUUCACAACAAAUAUAAUUUCAGUGAAAAAGAUUAUCAAGUUCUUCAAGCAGUUGUAAUUAAGUCUAUUUCACAUAAAGCUGGUUUACAAUGGGGAUUCGCUGGUGCUUUUUUUUUUGCUGUUGUCGUUAUCACCACAUUGGGUUAUGGUCACUCAACACCAAAUACAACUCUUGGUAAACUGUUCUGUAUGAUAUUUGCAUUGGCUGGUAUACCUUUAGGUUUGAUUAUGUUUCAAAGUAUUGGUGAACGAGUGAAUACAGCUAUCGCAUAUGUUUUAAGAAAAAUUCGCUCAUGCUUGAAUUCACGAGGCUACAACGUUUUACGAGAAGUUACGCCAAAGCAUUUAUUGUUUGUAUCAUUUUCAAUCGGUACAAUGGUAAUAACCAUUGACAAAAUUUUUUUUCUUUUAUUAUCAACUAUCGGAUUUGGUGAUUAUGUACCGCUUCAAACUGAUGGCAUUAUGAAUAAUCGGCCGGGCUAUUUUGCAUUCACAUUGUUAUUUAUUGUUGGUGGCCUUGCUUUAUUUUCAGCAUCGGUUAAUUUACUAGUUUUAGGGUAA